AUGCCUUACAGCUGCUCCCUGCCCAGCCUGAGCUGCCACUCCAGCCGCUUUUCCUGGCCCUGCGUGCCCCCCAGCUGGCGCAGCUCCACCCUGCCCGGGUCCUGCAACAUCCUCGCCAAAGUGGGCAACAGCGGCUGGUUCUGCGAGGGCUCCUUCAAUGGCAACGAGAAGGAGACCAUGCGGUUCCUGAAUGACCGGCUGGCCAGCUACCUGGAGAAGGUGCGCCAGCUGGAGCGAGACAACGCAGAGCUGGAGAGCCGUAUCCGGGAGCGGAGCCAGCAACAAGAUCCCCUUGUGUGCCCCAACUACCAGUCCUACUUCCGGACCAUCGAGGAGCUCCAGCAGAAGAUCCUUUGCACCAAGGCAGAGAACACUAGGCUGGUAGUGCAGAUUGACAAUGCCAAGCUGGCCGCAGAUGACUUCAGGAGCAAGUAUGAGAUGGAGCUGGGCUUGCGGCAGCUGGUGGAGUCGGACAUAAAUGGCCUGCGUAGGGUCCUGGAUGAGCUGACCCUGUGCAAGUCCGACCUGGAGGUCCAGGUGGAGUCCUUGAAGGAGGAGCUGAUCUGCCUCAAGAGCAACCACGAGGAGGAAGCCAACUCCCUGCGGAGACAGCUUGGAGACCGCCUCAGCGUGGAGGUGGACGCCGUCCCCACCGUGGACCUGAACGAUGUGCUCAACGAGACCAGGUCUCGGUACGAGGCCCUGGUGGAGAGCAACCGCAGGGACGUGCAGGAAUGGUUCACCAGGCAGACCGAGGAGCUGAACAGGCAGGUGGUGUCCAGCUCGGAGCAGCUGCAGUCCUACCAGGCGGAGAUCACUGAGCUGAGACGCACGGCCCAUGCCCUGGAGGUGGAGCUGCAGGCCCAGCACAGCCUGAGAGACUCUCUGGAGAGCACGCUGGCGGAGACGGAGGCCCGCUACAGCGCCCAGCUGGCCCACGUGCAGUGCCUGGUCAGCAACGUGGAGGCCCAGCUGGCGGAGAUCAGGAGGGACCUGGAGCGGCAGAGCCAGGAGUACCGGCUGCUGCUGGAUGUCCGGGCCCGGCUGGAGUGUGAGAUCAACACGUACCGGGGGCUGCUGGAGAGCGAGGACUGCAAGCUGCCCUGCAACCCCUGCGCCACGACCAAUGCGUGUGGCAAGACCAUCAUCCCCUGCAUCUCCAGUGCCUGCACCCCCUGCGCUCCUGCUGCCCGCUUCUCGCCCUGCGUCCCCCGCCCCCACUGCGGGCCCUGCAACUCCUACAUGUGCUAG